AAGACGGGCCUGGCCGGCCGGGAAUGAAGUUUGGACCCUGUGGCGGUUUCUCGAGGCUGUUUUGGGGCUGGGAAAGUGCGGGGGUGGGGGCGGCGGCGGUCCGGGGACCCUUCGGCGUUGGCGGGAGAGAGGUGCUGAUGCAACUGGCCUCUAGUCAGUGAGAUGUGUGCUUGAUGCUUUAAGACGUCGUUGGAUUUUGCCUAGCCAGUGGGCAGGCCCCUGCUUCAGCAAUGGCUCCACAGUUCCGCAGUUAUGUUUGGGAUCCUGCUCUUAUCCUUUCCCAGAUCACACUCAUGCAGGCAAUUUACUAUAGCUCACUUGGGCUUUGGUUGGCUGUGGUGGACAGUCUGGUUCACAACAGCCCGUCCCUUGACCAGAUUUUCAACUACGAGGUUUUGGGGUUCUCCACCUCACCUGGCAGACUUGCCAUGAUGGCUUUUAUCCUGAAUGCACUUUCCUGUGCCAUAGGCUUGCUGUAUUUCAUUCGGCGAGGAAAGCAGUGCUUGGAUUUCACAGUCACCAUUCACUUUUUCCACCUGCUGGGCUGCUGGAUUUAUAACGCGCACUUUCCAACUGCUUUGACGUGGUGGCUUGUACAUACUGUGUGCACGGCACUCAUGGCUGUGAUUGGGGAAUACCUUUGUAUGCGAACAGAACUGAAGGAGAUCCCAUUAAAUUCAACCCCCAAAUCAAACGUAUAGACUCUCGGAAGAUGCUGUCUCUCUCUCUCUCUCUCUUCCCCUCGGCUUCCUCAUCUUGGUGCCAACACAGGAUACGUGAGAAUGUAUUUGAAGCAACCCAGCAGGUCUGUUCUAACUUUUAAAUAAUCUUGCGUGAAAGGUAUGUGAUACAUCCAUGGGUACAACAUGGGACAAAUCAGAUUUUGAUAAAGCACACUUUGUUGCUUGUGUAGGCACAUCCAAUUUGCCCAUGCAGCUCAGAACAGAUUCAGUGUUGGACAACAAAGCAACAGGAGCUGGGCUGAUUUUGUGAAAUGAACACUGUGUUGCCGGACCUGGAACUGUCAUUAUCUUCAUUAUGGACAAUACCAAGACAGUUGACUUCACGCAAUGCACAAUAAAAAGCUCCAUUCUGCUCCCUCCCCAGUACAUCUCGUAUCUAUUUUCCUUCCAACUGUCUUUUGAAAUUUUAAAAAAAAUCAAGGAGAUCAGACAAAGUAGGAAGUAUUUCUCACUUGGCUGCUGUGAUUAUAGAAGGUUUGGCUAAAGGUGAAGAGGAAAGUGACAAUAUUUAUUGGAUUGUAGAGACUGAUUUUUGGCAAAGCGAAUAAAGACUCUCAUUGUCCAUUGCGGUUUCGGAGCUUAUUGAUCAGGUGGGGUUAUCCUGUUAUUUUAUAUGACAACAGGGGAGGAAAGGGAGCCAUCAGACAGGAAUAUCGUCCAGGAAGUCACAUCUCGAAACUUUAAACAUACCAUCUUCAAGGAAGAAAUGGCAUGCAACAAGUUGGCCAGCUGGUCAACAAAGAGGCUAGCUGUGGGCUGGAAAUGCUUCAGAUGAGCCUUCUUGUUUAUAGUAUUACCAUGAAUGUACUUCCUUUUCUCUUAUCAUCAGAUUCUAGUAUUUAUAAUCAAGGGCACUGUCUUUUUUUGUUAUAGGAGGCUGUGUUGGCAUAUAAAGAACAGGACUAUUAAUGAGUUUUUUAAACUGAACCAGUUUAAGAGAAACAUGCAGCUUCAGUUGUCUCCUAUGCACAGAGGCCUAAGUAACGCCUGAUGGCCUCUGUCAUACACAGUCAAAACUCUCCUAUUUUAAAAGGGAUGGAAGGUUUGGAAUAGAGAGUUAAUCUGUAACAGCCGGUUGCAGCUGUCAAUGGAACUAUGGGUUUUUCCACAAUGAACUUACUUAUUUUCAGACAUGCCACUGAGCCUUUCUUUGUACAUAAAUAUUUGUUGGUGGUAUUGGUUUGUAUAAGUUAUAUUGGUAAGUUAAUGCUUGGUUUGUAAAUGGUUAGGGGGAUAAUUUUGCAUAUAGAACUCGAUAAAUGUCUCUCAAAAGCUCUUCGUUUCUGUUUAUGCCUUUGCUGAAUUUCAUCUGGCAAUCCUUUGCCCACAGAAGUUUCUCCCUGGAUUAAAUGCUUUUCUUCCCAUCCUUGGGUAUUACAUUUAGCAGAAGGCAGGUCUUUUUUUAUGCUGUCUUUAUGAUUGGGGGAAAUCUCCAAGUCAAAGUGCCCCUUUUCCAGUGUUCAUCAUUUAUUUAUAUAUUUAUUUAUUUAUUUAUUUAUUGAAAUAUUUUUAGACUGCGGCUUUCAUAAAAAAUAUAGCAACGUGGUUUACAGUUCAGUGUUAGGUCACAAACAUGCUGUACCCCAGGGCUGGCUAACAUGGUGUCAUCUUCAUGUUUCUGGAGUCCAUUUCCCAUAAUACUCAACUGGAGCUGAUGGGAGUUGCAGUCUACCCACAUCCAGAGCUCACCACAUUUACUUUCCCUGGUACACACUGUGUUCAAUAACAGUUGCAUAUUGCUGCUUUGCCACUAGAUGGCACUGUUUGCUUUUUAGAGCCUGCUAUUAUGUGAUGGCGCUGUGGGUUAAACUGCAGAGUCUAGGGCUUGCUGAUCAGAAGGUCGGCGGUUCGAAUCCCUGCAACGGGGUGAGCUCCCGUUGCUCGGUCCCAGCUCCUGCCCACCUAGCAGUUCGAAAGCACAUCAAAGUGCAAGUAGAUAAAUAGGAACCGCUCCGGCGGGAAGGUAAACGGCGUUUCCGUGCGCUGCUCUGGUUCACCAGAAGCAGCUUUGUCAUGCUGGCCACAUGACCCGGAAGCUGUCUGCUGACAAACGCUGGCUCCCUCGGCCUAUAGAGCGAGAUGAGCGCCGCAACCCUAGAGUCGGACACGACUGGACCUGAUGGUCAGGGGCCCCUUUACCUUUACUUUUUAUUAUGUGAUAGGAAAAGCUGCAGUCUAGCAUUUCUCAGGCAGUGCUUUAAUGAAGUGGGGCAGACCUCCAGAGCCACCCUCCUUACAUCAAUGCAGCUUACCUGGAUGGGGCAGGGCACCACAGGGUCUUGGCAAGGUUAGGGCUGCACACGAUGGACUGGUGGGAGUGCAGGAUUGGCUCCACUGUCCUGUCCUACCGCUAGGGUAAGCGGCAGCAACAGCGGGUUUGGAAGGGCAGUUCUUUUCUAUCACAUCAGUUGCUACUGCUUAUACUGAAUCCAGCUACUAUGGUAUUGCCAGGUAGUGGCUCUCUAGUACCCCAGCCAGAAGCAUUUCCUGCUCCUGCUGCUUUGGCGGAAAGGUCAACACACUCAAAGCAGGGGAGAGAAGGAAAAGCCCUGCAUUUAAUACAGUCCUAAAACAGCAAUGGUGGAAGCCCCGGCAGGCCAGUUGAGCUGGACUAGGCAUUGUGCAGAAUGCACAGGUGCAUGCUGGGACUCCGAAGCCUAUGGAAGGUCUCCUUUUCGAAAUGUCAUACCCAGCCAUUUAACCUGAAAUCUGCUUCAAGUGCUAAUUGGAACUUGUACGCAGGCUGUGUGCCUUUUUAGUUACAGAAUUCAAAACCACAGAAAGCUGGAUUCUGCAAUGUCUGAAAACAGAGGAAAUACAGAUAUUUUGUAUAAUUCUGCCAUUUUUAACCAUUUUGCAUAAUUUGUUUAGUUUUGCAUGUCAGGAAAGGGGGCAGAGAAUUAUACACAAUGAUAGGCACGCUGCUCCCAAGUCACUAACAAUCAUAUUGAACCAGCCCUCUGACUUUUGGAUACUGCAGCAUGCAUUUUGACCAUAUACAUGUUCAAGCAUAUCUUUGCAACCAUGAGGGCUAGAAACUUCUUCUUUUGAGAAAAUGAAAUAUGUGUGCAUUUGAGUGAGAGAGAAUCAGACUAUUGUUUUCAAUUGGUUAUCACUAACUGUUAUUGGGGGUAAGCAGUGGCAUAAGCAGAAAAACAUGAUUGCAGUUAUUCUUAGUCUCCUACCUUCAUUUCUCCUUUGGACACCCCUACCAUGUCAUGUUUCCACCACACUUUCAUAAAGAAAGACAUGUAUAAAGUACUUUUCUCAGCAUGCAUAUAAUACCUUCCCUCACUGCUGAACAGUCUCCAAUUUGCUCUUCCUGAAGAGCAUGCAGAUUCUGCCUUGCCAGCAAAUGGUAGUGAGAAAUGUCAAGAGAAGGAUAAAAAUCAGACAGAAAAUUCCAGAGAACUGGAACUUUGUAAGAUGUUCCUUGGAAGAACCAAACAGAAUGUCCCCUGCCAUGUCACUCAAGGAAAUGCUCCUGAGAGCCAGUAGGGAAGCCUCCAGGGAUGGAAAUGGGGAAAUGCAGGAAUGUUUUCAGAGAAAGAACACAAGUGAAAAAUAAACCAUGUAGGUGCUCAGAUUGUGGACAAAGAUAGAUGGUCAUCUUUCAUGGAUGCUUUCAUUGAGAUUCCUGCAUUGCAGGGGGUUGGACUACGUAGAUGACCCUCAGGGUACCAACUCUGCAAUUCCAUGGUUCUGUAAUCAGAAAGGAAAAUACUUCCAUUUCUAUGUUGUAUACAUAUAGGAGAGUUAAUUUAUCCUUGUUAUGUUUGUUGCUGUUUUAUGCAGAACAAACCUGGGUGCCAGCCUGUUCCUAAAUGAUUUUGAGUUCUGAAGCUUACUUUUGACUAGACAUAUAAGGGUUUGUUCUGUGAAUCUGCUUUCUAUCAUCUUGAUCCCGUGAAGCCCAGUCUCCUGUGUGUUUGUGUGUAUAAGAAAGUGAGAGCAGUUAUCCUCUGCACUGCCACAGAGCAAAUAAAUGGCAGAUGGCUUCCCUUUCUUAAUGAACCUGGUCUGAUGUAGGCACUUGAGGGGUUGCUCCCAGAGAAUGUUUCUGCAACAGCUGCUUCUAGUGCAUCAUCCACCAGUGAACUCAAGCUAAAUUUUGUUUGGUGGUGGGUCAGAGACAGGGAGUAGCCUUGCCCAGCCAAGUGAUUUGCGCUUUGAUUUCUAGGGAAAGUGGGAUGUGGCAUUUGACAGUGUAAAUGGACACAGUAGGAUUUUUAACAAAAUGAAAAAAAUCCUUCCAGUAGCACCUUAGAGACCAACUAAGUUUGUCAUUGGUAUGAGCUUUUGUGUGCAUGCACACUUCUUCAGAUACUUUUUCAGAUACUUUCGUACUUUUCUUCAGAUACACUUCAGAUUCUUUCAAAGCUCAUACCCGUGACAAACUUAGUUGGUCUCUAAGGUGCUACUGGAAGGAAUUUUUUUUAUUUUGUUUCGACUACGUCAGGCCAACACGGCUACCUACCUGUAACUAGGAUUUUUAAGAGCAAGAGAUAAUAUAGUAGAAUUACAAUGCUAAGCAGUGUCAUAUUCCAGAUGUCCCCCCCACCCUCCACAAAAAAUGUCUCUGGAUGGAUGGAACCAGGGUGUCCUCCUGUUUCUGCUUUUUUAAAGUCAAGUGCAACAGAGAAGCCAUGUUUCUUCAAUCACAUGUUUCUAGCCCACAAUGUCUAAUGAGGGGGGGGGGGGCUAUCAGCUUUUCAGAACAAAAGCCAUGCUUGAUUGAGGGGGGUUGGAACUCACCCCCUCGCCUUCCUUACUUCACUGCAUUCUUGAAGGAAGUACAAGAUCUAGUGAUGGCCACCAACUUGCAUGGCUUCCAAAGGGGGUUAGACAAAUUCACGGAGGCCAAAGCUUACCAAUGGCUACAAACCAUUGUACUACCUCCAGCAUCACAAGUGCUAUGCCUCUGAGUACCAGUCGUUUGGAGUCACAAGUCAGCAUGUGCCCUGGUCUUGCUUUGGGGCUUCCCAUAGGCAUCUGGUUGGCCACUGUAAGAACAGGAUUCUGGACUAGAGAAGCCUUUGGUCUGAUCUAGUAGGUUUCUUAUGUUCUUAAUCACUUUUCUCCUAGCCUAGCUCUGACACAGUGAGUGAGCUGGGCUGGGGAGAAAAGCAUUAGGAUCAACACCAUGCAGGGAGGAAAAAUAGGAGAGGGUUCUGCUCCCCCAACUUGGAUGUGCCUUUUGUGAUUAAAAACCAGGUUUCCUGUAGAUGCUGCUUUAGACAUGGAUGAGGGGGUGCGUGAAUAAACAAACACGGCUGCUCUCACCAUCUUUCACUAGUCCUCAGCUGGCGGUGGCCAUCGGCACUUUGUAGCUGUGCAUGAUGCUCAGUAUGAGACUGUCACCAAUCCCCACCUCCAUUCUAACCUUCCUCCUAUGCCUGUAAUAGCUAUGCCAAACUGGCAGGCAGAAAUGAGGAAAGCCAUUGGAUUAAGAGCAGGGCAGAUGCUUUACAUGCCAAUGGUUUUAGGUCAACCCAUGUUGUCUCUAGGUAAAGGGUUCUGGUAGCAGGUGGUGGGAAACUUCUGGAGAACCUAGAGAGCCACUGCCAGUCAAGAGUAGACCAUAAUGGGCCAAAUGGGGAAAUGUUGACUCAUAUGUUCAUUACAAAUUGAUAGAUGGAGUGUGGAAGGGGCUACAAGCAAUUGGGCUGGAGGCUGGUGGGUUGGCUAGCAUGGUUAACACCAGAGGUGGGGAUUGGAUCUGGCCAGCAGGCUAGAUCCAAAACUCCCACACACACUGUGGGUCACUUUGCCACAUGAGCAGGGGGCUUGAUGUCAUAUGAUGUCAGGUGAAUCCACUUCAAAGGAAGAAUCAGGAGCAUUUUUGCAGACGGGGCUUGAAGUCAAUAUUUCAAAGGCUUGAACGCCAAUCUUCCUUUGAAACCUUGCCAUUCAAGCUGCAUCUGGAAGGAAAGACAAGAAGGCUUGGCGGGCCUAAUUAGGCUCAUAAGCUUGAGGCUCUCCACUGCUGGUUUAUACUAUGCUAGAGAGGUGGAGAAACUCAAAUGGGUCUUAGAGCAACAGGUAUGGUACGCACAACUACUCUGCUAACAGGACUGGAAUACUGCCAAAUUGCAGGAGAUCAUUCUCGACCUCAAACACGUUCAGACAUAUCCCUCAGUUUCGGAAGCACUGACAGUACUUACUCUUUUCUUGCAUCACAUCUUGGGAAAUGAAGAAAAAGUGGUUUUCGGGAGGAGGAUUGACAGUUUAGAUUGAUCGCUUGUAAAUAUGUGCAAAGCCAGCAUGAGUUCCUUCUUUGGCACUCAGGUGCUGUUUGUUGGCUUCCCAUAGGCAACUGGCUGGCCAAUGUAAGAACAAGAUGCUAGAAGGCCCAUAUAUUUUUAUGUAGCCCUGAGGUUCUAUCCACCAGCUUUAGGUCAGAGCUCUUGAUCAGCACCUGAAACCACAAUCCAACAUAAUAUAGUGCCAUUUAUCUUACCAUUCUUGUGCAAUCAUUUGUCCAAAAAACACCUUAAUAAAUCAAACAGGUGUGUAACCUGAUUAGCAUAUUAAAACGGCAGAGUGUCAGUAGACAUUUUGGGGAUUGUUCCAGAGAUGGAACGCAACCAUUUGAAUUUGUAUCUCUGGGAAAAUCUGUUCCUGGUGGGUUUCUAAGAGCUCAAACUGCCCUUUUUAGUUCCCCAAUACAGUGGUACCUCUGGUUAAGAACUUAAUUCGUUCUGGAGGUUCAUUCUUAACCUGAAACUGUUCUUAACCUGAAGCACCACUUUAGCUAAUGGGGCCUCCCGCCGCCCCCACCACCGCACGAUUUCUGUGCUCAUCCUGAGGCAAAGUACUUAACCAGAGGUACUAUUUCUGGGUUAGCGGAGUUUGUAACCUGAAGCGUUUGUAACCUGAAGCGUUUGUAACCCGAGGUACCACUGUAUUUACUGUUCUAGGAGGUUGUCCAGGAUACUGUCCUUAGGAAUGGUUGUGUGGGAAGAGAUCAACACAAUAGUUUGACUGGUAGUUUUAUCAAAGAACAUCCAAAACAGCAGACCAAAAUAAGGAAAGUAGGGGUGCCCCUUCGCUUGUGCUGCCAUUUCCUCCAAGUUCAGUGAUUUAAAGCUGAGAUUCACAAGCAACUUCUUGUGGGCAAAGUCAAACUGGAACACUUGCCAGGCUUGUUCUUGACAACCCAGAUCACUGGAAAAUGCAGUGGAUUUCCCUCCAUAUUUAUAAUGUAAGCAAGCAUUCACUAAACAAACACAAAACCCCUAACAGUAUUUAUCAAAGAUCUGGAAAUAAAUAUAUGUACAUAUGUGGAGUGGUUCCCUUUAUAAAUUAAGCCAAGUGACCAU